AUGUCCUCUUGCAGUAAGGGGAGCAGACACAGAUAUAUAGUCUUGGGGCACAUCUCAUCGCAUUUGAAAUCAAAGCGGACGUUGCCCCCGCUUCUCCGCUGUGUCCAAUCGAAUGACACGGCUGAGGUCUGGUGUGUGCUAUGGCGCCAUCCACCUCCGUCCUCCGUCCUCCGUUCUGCGUGCUCCGCCUUUCCUACGCCUCAUGUCUUUUACUGCGUUCACACCCGCAUUCGCUGUGUAUACCCACCAACUGAAGCCGGGAAACGCUCAGCCGCCCAGGAAAACAGAGAUCUUCAAGACCGGAUAGUGAACCUAGAGCAGAGAUUAUCAGUGCUUGAACAGGCCGUUCCUACAACUCGCAAUCUGCUUCAGACACCGUCCGAUCAGCCAGACAGUGAUAGUCCCCACAUCGAUGACGGUUCCUUGGUAGGUAUGGGAAACCAUGGAGAAUCUCAAAAUGUGCAGUUGCCAAUUUUAUUUUCCUCCAAGGGACACGAUGAUAGUCCUCCAGAGUCAGCAUCACAGCCUACCCCACCACGAGUUCGGUUAGCUCUACCGGUUCUGCGAGAAGUAGACCAACGACCGUUAAACAGCACCAUGCAUGAACCUACGAUGACCAUACGACUGUGGCAGACUUACCUUGAGUUCGUCGAUCCCCUCUUGAGGAUUUUUCACACGCCUACCGUUCAGAGAUAUGUAGUGGAUUCUAUGGUCAACGAGGGAACCCUGGACGUAUCGAGACGAUGCCUGUUAUUCGCAAUCUAUUAUUCGGCCAUUGUGGUUGUGCCAGCAAAAUCAUGCCAUAGCAUCUUCGGGACUCACAAGACAUUCUUGCUGGAGAGGUAUGUCGGUCCUAUCUCUGCUUGUAACAUGACUGAUUUGGCUAGAUAUCGGCACCAGGUAGAAAAGGCCUUUGCCGAAGCCAACAUCCUGCGCUGUCAGGAUUUGACACUCUUACAAGCGUUUGUUCUGUAUUUGACCACCGGAAGGAGGGACGAACGAGGGCCUGAUGUGAGUGUUUUUAUUGGCCCGGUUAUUGAUAUAGCGUACACAAUUGGACUGCAUCGCGACGGAGCUGAUGAUAAACUCCCUCCGUUUGAUGUGGAGAUGCGCCGUCGCCUUUGGUGGCAUAUCGUUACACUUGACGUUCGCAUAGCCGAGGACUCCUCCACUGAGCCGCGUACCAGCUUGCUGAGCUUCAGCACAAAGAUGCCAUCCAACACACAUGAUAUAUGUCUGGACCCGGAUAUGGGUAGUACUCCGGUGUGCCAGUUCGGGAAAACCGAAAUGACCUUCAGUUUGAUCAGGUUCACAGUGACCGAAUUUGCGCUUCGCUCCCUGUUUGGUAAACAAUCUUGGAAGGUCGCUGACUGUGCACCCCUAGAUCGCCAGCGAAGGAUCAAUGAGCUAGACCAACUCAAGGAACGAUUAGAAGUCCGUUACUUGUCAUGUUGUGACGAGACCAUUCCGUUUGAUUUUGUUGUUGCAGAAUCGACACGCUUGGUGUUGGCCAAGAUUGGGAUGUACUUACGCAGGCCGCCUCUAACCGAACACAACACCGCGCAGCCAUUCGAGCCGACUUAUUGGAAGGAGUGCGUUGACAUUCUUGGGCAUGCAUAUUCCCUUCGCCGGUACGAGAAAGGGGCAAAGUGGCUCUGGCUAUUUCAAACAUACGUCGAAUGGGAUGCACUGGCGUAUCUCCUCGUCUGUCUCUGCUUCGAUCGAUGUGCGGCGGGAGCUGAAUUGGCAUGGAAAACAGCUAAAGACGUUUAUAAGUAUUGGAGAGAAGAUCCGGAUGUGCGCCGAGACCGUCGCUGGAAACAAGUUGAAGACCUGUGGCAAGAGGCGCAAUUUGGACGCAUGAGAGACCAUAUGGUCUCGCGGCACUCACAGCCAACCGCCCCAGGUCAGAAUCCUGGUUUGACAAAUGCUCUCAAUAAUCUGUCAUGUUCAGACCAGCCAACGUACACACGACGACUUAACCAUGCGUCUUUGACUACCAAUGGUGGACCACAAGACUUCAGAUGUGAACAAAAUUACCAGCCUUCGGAUUCCCCUCUGGUCAACACUCCUCCCACUGGCGAUACUGCUGACGUCCCUACUAGUGGUACACACUGUGAGUGGAGUGCUGUAAUCUUUGAGCGAUAUUUCAACGUUUUGGACAAGAACAGCGAUGUUGUCAGUGGGUUGAUUUAG